GCUGUCAUAUUAUUUUCUAGUCUAAACACGAGUUCAAUAAUCUGAUUGAAUAGAUAUUUUGACGACUGGCGGCGAUGGAGACGUAAUAAUCUUAAAACUGAAUUACCUAAAGAAAAUAAUUGUGAUGUUCUGUUUAUUGUCAACAUUCCAUUGUUUUAAUACAAUUAAUAAUGGCCCUUUGUUUGUUCCCAUUAGUUCGGAAGUUAUAAAAGAGAAUAAGAGCUUAUACGUAUUAGAUUGCUCCUUAGAAUUUUGAGACGAUGAUAUCUCACUUGUUUGCUGUACUUGUGGUACUAUGUGGAGUUGGUUGGGUGCAUGCUGCAGUAGAUUGCAGAGUAACUGGAGCUGGUCGUUUCGCGGACUUGGCUGACGAGAAAUGCAAGAACUACACACUAUGUAUCUAUGUCAAGGCUACGGACAGUUACCUCGCCUACAACACAGUCUGCCCCAGCAUAUCAGUGUUCAACCCAUUGAUAUCAAAGUGUACUUCUCCAACGAACUACGUCUGUAACAUAACCGUUAGUAUGCCAAAGCCUUCGCCUUCUACUAUUUGCAUCUCGGACGGCUACAUUGCAGAUCCUGAACCGACGAAUUGUGCUACUUAUAUACAGUGUGUGAAAAUCAGAGGAGUCUUUACGCAGUUGAGACAUCGAUGUCCAGAAUACACGUAUUAUAAUCCGAAUACGACGCUGUGUGAGUCUAACUAUACAUGUACGGACUUCAGCUGCGUGGCGCCCGGGAGGGUCGCGGACAAAGCAGACUUCACGUGUCGCAAGUACUACUACUGUGUACAGUUGUUCAAUGGGACCUUUGCUCAGUUCAAGUACACCUGUCCCGCCGAUUCAGUGUUUAAUCCCAUCACUAGACUUUGUACAACACAUUAUUCGUGCAGUUAAGGUGGCUAUGUUAAUUGGUUAUUUGUUAUUUAUUGAGGCUUGUUUAUUAUUUUUUCUGCACUGUGAAGUUGAUUAUUUUUAAAUAAAUUAUAUUUUGACAAAGUGAA